AUGGAAGAAGCAGGGGAUUUUCGUAAAAUGAAUUACGAUAUCUCUAAGUAUAACAGGUCCAAAACGGGAGGGAAAGAGGAACUAAGUGCUUGUAUAGUGGAUAUCCAAUUUAUAAAACGACAGAAAAAAAGCAAGGGUUAUGAUAUAGGCAAGAAAGUCAAUGGUGGAAAGAGGCAUAUAAUCACAGCAUUUGUGCUUGUUUGCUAUGUCGGAGCUGCCAAUGAGAGCGACAGAGAUAGUAUAAAAAUAGCAUUAGAUAACAUGAAGAAAAAAAUAUAAUAAAAUUAGAAAAAUAUUCGCUGACAUGGGAUAUCAAGGAAAAGAUUUAAAAGAAUAUGGAAUAAAAAUUGAAAUUGUAAGAGGUAUCUGUGAAGAUUUUUGGGUGCAUCAAGACACUCCACCGGAAUUAUUAGCCCAACGAGACCCAGGACAUUUAAAGUGCAGCCCAAGGGGGGGGGGCUUGUAGAAGACUUUUGAUUGGAUCAAUAGGGAUAGGAAGCUAUCGAAAGAAUGUGAUUUACUUAUAACAUCUACUGAAUAUUUAAUAUAUUUGGCCAUAAGUAGGGCUGUACUAAAAGGGAAAUAUACUUGAUUAAUGGUUUGUGAACAACCUUAAACCAUACAGCCCCACUAUAUAACUAUAUAUUAUCCUCGUUUAAGGAGUUAUUAUGUGACAAGUAUUACAUGGGUGCGCCAAAACAAUAUAGGAGGUGUGUAGAGUAAUACAAAACAGUAAAGAGAGUAUAGCAAAGCUUGCAGAGCACUAUAAUCUUAAUCCGAAGGCUAUUGUAAAAUGGAAAAAACGCUCAUUUGUUAUAGACGCUGCAAUUGGCCCAAAACAUGGAAAAUCAAAGAUGUCAACUCAAGGGGAAGAAGCAAUAAUUGUCACUUUUCGCAAGCAUAUACUUCUUCCUUUGGACAAUUGCCUUUAUUCUUUGCGGGCCAUAAUUCCUUGUUUAACUCGGUCUAGUUUGCAUCAUUGUUUGCAAAGACACGGCAUUAGCAUACUGUCAGAUGUUGAAGGAGAGAUAAAAGCCAAAAAGAAAUUCAAGCUAUUCCUGAUUUAUUUAUAG